GACUGGCAGACUCAGAGCUGAUCUCAGAGAAGAGCUGGGUUGAGAAGAGCAACUGGCAGCCGUUCUGCCCCACGCUCAGCUGGAACUACAAGCCCCAGAAGGCUUUGCGCCAGGGGGCAUUGGCCCCUGACCUCAGGGAAGGAAACCACCGUUACCUGGCAACAGCAAACCCAUCGGGUGGCAGCUGAGGGCGGUAAAACUGCUUGGGUGAGCCCCCGCCCGGGUGUUGCGGAAGAGGGGCCGCUAACCCCGCUGGGAAGUGAUUUUGGCGACGACGGCGGCAUGUGUGAGGGUCCGUCCGGCAUCUCGGGGCCUAUCCCCCCAGACCCUACGCUCUGCCCUGACUACUACCGGCGGCCGGCCUCGGCCCAAGGGCGCCUUGAGGGAAACGCGCUGAAGUUGGACCUGCUAACCUGGAACCCAGACCUAGAAGUCACCCCUCCCCGCGGCCCCCGCAUGGGUCCCGGAGCCCGAGAAAUUCUGGAGCGUGGCCGGCGCGGCGUGAGUGGCAUGCUGCUGCAGCUCGAGGGUAUCUCCCUAGGCCCAGGGACCUCUCCCAAGCGGAAGGACCCUAAAGACCACGAGCAGGAGAACCUGAGGCGGAUCAGGGAGAUCCAGAGGCGCUUCCGUGAGCAGGAGCGCACCCGGGAGCAGGGCCAGCCUAGGCCCCUGAAGGCUCUGUGGCGCUCACCCAAGUAUGACAAAGUGGAGUCCCGUGUCAAGGCCCGGCUGCAGGAGCCCAGCCCUGCUUCCGGGACAGAGCCUGCCCACUUCCUGCGGGCACACUCUCGCUGUGGCCCUGGGCUCCCACCACCCCGUGUCCCCAGUCCCCAGCUAACCCCGCCAGGUCCCAAUGCUAAGGGGCCAGGCCCAGGUGUGGACUUCAUUACCCACAAUGCCCGCACUGCCAAGAGGGCCCCCCGGCGGCAUUCUCGCUCGCUCCAAGUCCUGUCACAGGUGCUGGAGCAGCAACGGCAAGCCCAGGAGCACUAUAAUGCCACACAGAAGGGUCACGUGCCCCAUUAUUUGUUGGAGCGCAGGGAUCUGUGGCGACGGGAGGCUGAGGCCCGUCAGCACAGCCAGCCGGACCCGGCCAUGCCCCCUGGCCACACUCGCAUGCCUGAGAACCAGCGGCUGGAGACACUGAGCAAUCUGCUCCAGAGCCAGAGCCAGCUGCUGCGUGAGCUGGUGCUGUUGCCUGCUGGGGCAGAUUCCCUGAGGGCCCAGAGCCACCGUGCUGAACUGGACCGGAAGCUGGUGCAGGUAGAGGAGGCCAUCAAGAUCUUUUCCCGCCCCAAGGUCUUUGUGAAGAUGGAUGCCUGAGUCCUAUCCUGAUUGUAGGCGGGUUUCGGGGAGGAUUGCUACAUGAUUGCAAAGGGCCGGAUUGGGCCCAAUAAUAGAGUGGCCCUCAAGACAGGAGCAGUGGGGUGGGCAGUAUCCCCAGAGCACUCUUCACAGCCACUGGUGGCUGUGGAAGGGCCAUCUCAGCCUCUUAAUCACUUUGUCAAAAUUAAACCUUUUGUACACAG